UCGCUGUUGGCCGCCGCCGAGCGGCGCUGGAGCCGCCGCCGCCGCCGCCGCAGCGUCCUGCCCCCGCAGGCUGCUCGCUCGCCCGGCGCCGGCCACAGCGGCAGCGGCACCGCCAACAGCAGCAGCAGCAGCGGCGGCGAGAGGCGGAGAGAGGCGGCGCGCCGAGCUCGCUGCGUUUGAGCGGUCUCUGUUGUCGCCGGCGAGAGCGGCUGGAAGGGAGGCAGGGCAGCGGCAGGAGGCAGGAGCGCGGCGAGCGCUGCGGGCAGAGAAUGGCGGUGAGGCGGCGGCAGAGGCGCGGGCCGGGCGGCGGGCGAGCGCUGCUGGCCGCGGUGCUGCUGUGCGUGUGGGGCCGGGCGGCGGCCGAGCGGGUCCGCUACGCCAUCCCCGAGGAGCUGGGCAGAGGCUCGCUCGUGGGGCCGCUGGCGCGGGACCUGGGGCUCAGCGCGGACGAGCUGCCGGCGCGCAAGCUGCGGCUGAGCGAGGAGAAGCAAUACUUCACGGUGAACGAGGAGAACGGGAACCUGUACGUGAAUGAGAGGCUGGACCGGGAGGAGAUGUGCGGCGAGUCGGCGACCUGCUCGGUCAGCUUCGAGGCGCUGGUGCACAACCCGCUGAACAUUUUCCACAUCGAUGUGGACAUCAAAGACAUGAACGACAACUCCCCGACCUUCAGCAAGUCAGCUCUGGAACUCGAGAUCGGUGAAUGGACGAUUACCGGGACACGUUUUCCGCUGGAGAUGGCCCAUGAUCCAGACGUGGGCAGCAAUUCGCUGCUGACUUACCAGCUCGCCAGCAACCCGUCCUUCUCUCUCGCCAUGAAGGACAGCCUGGACGGAAGCAAACCGGAAUUAGUUCUGGAGAGAGCCUUGGACCGAGAGAAGCAGAGCUCCAUUGAGCUGGUGCUGACAGCGGUUGAUGCCGGGGACCCUGUGAGGUCCGGGACUGUCCAGAUUCGGGUCAACGUCACGGACGCCAAUGACAACCCACCCAUAUUCGAGCAGGAUCGCUACCGCGUGAGGCUGCGAGAGGACUUGCCACCAGGUUCAGCAGUAAUGAACCUGUCAGCCUCAGACGCCGACACCGGCACCAACGCCCGCAUCACCUACAGCUUCGGCAAAACGCCGACCAAGGCAAUUCAAAAGUUUUUGGUCGAUGGAGAGAGUGGGACUGUCACACUGAAGGAGCCUUUGGACUUUGAGGACACGCGAGCGUAUAGCUUGGCUGUAGAGGCAAAGGACGGAGGGGGUUUGGUGGCACACUCCGUGGUGGAGGUGGAGGUGCUGGAUGUGAAUGACAACGCGCCGGAAAUCACGAUUCUGUCGCUGUCAAGCCCGGUGCCCGAAGACUCGCCAGCUGGCACGGUUGCCGCGACCGCAGCGCUGAGCAGCGCUCGGUGCCUGCAGUGCCGGGCGGAGGCUGCGGGCGCCGCUGUUGACCAAGAGGAGCGGGAGGAAGCUCGGAGCGCUGCAGCCCCGCCCGCUGCGGACCGGCUCGAUCACAAGAUCGCCGGAGCCGCCGGGAGCAGCGAGACAGAGAAGGACAGAGAGGCAGAUCGGCGGUCGGCGGUGGGAAGCCGUUCGCGGUGUUGCGGUGCCGCGGCGGAGAUGUGCGCGGCGGGGAGGCGCUGGGGCCGGCGGCAGCGAGCUCUGCUCUGCGCCAUCCUGCUGGCGGCGUGGCAGGCGGCGUGGGGGCAGCUGCGUGUGGAUAUAAACGACAACGCACCCAGCUUUCAAGAGGCAGAUACGGAUCUGAGACUGAGCGAGACGACAGCGCCGGGGUCGCGGUUUCCUCUGGCCGAAGCUCAUGACCCAGACUCGGGCCGGAAUUCCCUGCAGAACUACGAGCUGAGCGGCGACGAGCACUUCUCGCUGGCCGUGCAGGCGGGCCCCGGCGGCGAUCAGCGUCCCGAGCUGGUGCUGGCCAAGGCGCUGGACCGGGAGGAGGCGGCGUUUCACGAGCUGGUGCUGAGGGCGAGCGACGGCGGCGAUCCGGCACGGACGGGCACGGCUCGGAUCCGCGUGACGGUGCUGGACGCGAACGACAACGCGCCCGUGUUCAGCCAGGCGGAGUACACGGUGCGUGUGCCCGAGGACGUGCCCGUGGGCUCCACACUUGUCACCGUCACGGCCACCGACAAGGAUGAGGGACUGAACGGGCAAGUGAAAUACUCUUUAAAAAAAAAAAAGAGUUCAUCGCAGAUAUUCCACCUGGACUCUGAGACGGGAGCAAUCACUCUGGGACGAAGCCUGGACUUUGAGGAAGGCGAUACCUACGAGCUGGACCUACAGGCAUAUGAUGGUGGGGCUCUUUAUGAUACUGCAAAAGUCAUGAUCACUGUGACAGACAUCAACGACAAUGCACCCGAUAUUUCCGUGAGGUCUGCACUAAACGAGAUCUCGGAAGACGCCCAGCCGGGAACUGUCGUGGCCCUUUUGCACGUGGAGGACCGUGACUCGGGGAAGAAUGGCGAGGUGCGCUGCUCGAUAGACAAAGACGUCCCGUUCCGGUUGCAAAGCUCGCAGGACAAUUACUACAGC